GGCAGUCGGGACCUUUGGAUUGAAAUUUUCUCAAAAGCCUCUGCAUUUCCUGUCAUUUAUUUCGCAUCUCAUCUCAUCUUACUAAACAACUUAAAAAUAAACUUAAAAACAAAAUCCCUCGGCACGCUUAACAUUCAUUCAAAAAAAUAUUCUAAGGAGCUUGGCUGUUCUGCCAUUAUCACCAUCAUUUAUCGUGUCACGAGCGAUUUUUAAAUUGUGUAUCUGUUUCGUCACAGUACCUGAUUAGCACGCGAGACAUUUAUUCCGGUUCUUUUUUGAAACUGCUGCGAUUUUACAUACGGAAUUUGUUAUCUCGGUCCGCACUCUCCGUCCGACCUUGCAUACUAAGGUUCCUCUGCUACACCUCAACGGUUGAACGUCCGGACGGACUUUAAAAAACUACAUCCGCAGCUUUGAGUCUAUUCUUUGAGGAGGGCCGUUUUAUCCCUUAACUAUUAAUCCGCCUCGUAUUGGGAUCGUCCGUCAGAGAUGAAGGUCUUCUCCAACACCCACACUUUCAACUACUCCUGGGAAGAAGUAUCUACCGCUAACUGGCGGAAAUACUGCCCUUGGAACGACAAAUCUACCCACGUCAUAGCCGUCGAUACACUCGCUCGAGAAGUCGACCCAGCCACCGGUAUAUUACGAACGGAGCGUCUUAUCACCUGUAAGCAAUCAGCACCAGAAUGGCUGAAAUCUAUUAUCGGCUGCACGGAGACGAGUCAGGUCUUCGAGACGUCCUAUGUUGACCCCGCCGCAAAGACCGUCACUAUGGUAUCGCAGAACAUCACUUGGGCAAAUAUGGUCAACGUUCAAGAGACGGUGGUUUAUCGCCCUCUAGAUGCCCAUAGGACACAAUUCGAGCAGGACGCCCGAAUAACGGCCCUGUGCGGUGGUUGGCAAAGGAUCAAGACCAGUAUCGAAGACAGCCUAGUCACCCGAUUCCGAGAAAACGCGACGAAAGGUAAAGAGGGUUUCGAGUGCGUCCUUGCUAUGAGCCGACGCGUCUUUGCCGAGGAACGGGAAAAAGAAAGGCUACAAGUUGAAGGCAAGAUGAUGGCGUAGGUCCAGGAAUUUGGCUACCUGCCAUUCCAUUUCAUCGAAUCACGACCACAACGUCCGUCAUAAGCCAUACGACGAGUGGGAUAAACAACGACGUACCAUAUCCAUAACAAGAGCAUUUCCGGAGUACUGAAGAGAGAAAAAAUUAGGGGUGAUGAACUUGACUUGAAUUUAUUUUUUUGUUUUCGAAAAAGCACGGCGUUCCGGCAUACCCAACAACCAACAAAACUGUGUUGCAUAGAAAAGGGGUUAUUUAGAUCUGCUACGUUCUGGCAUAGGCUUGUAGGCGAUUUGCCUCGCCGCGACGACCGACCGAACAAACGGGAGCACAGAUGUAUCAUGUUAGACUUAGAUAUAUAGAAUACUCUUCUUAGAGCAAGGGAUAAAGAUAAUAAUCACUCUUCUCCCAUUGA